GUGGGGGUGGUGGGUGGGGGGGGUCUGGAUCUCUUUAGAGAAUAUAAAGGGUUGGUGCUUUUUUAAACAAGCCACAGAUCCAAAGGCAGAAUGACAACAAUGCACUUCUUCCACAGCUUCGUGGUUUUUGUAACUUGGCUUGCAGUCGUCAGGCUGGAAGAAACCCAACUCAAAGCCAAAGCUACAGUGAGUUCAGGACACCAGCAACUCUUUUCAGGGGAAAAUGUGGAGCUGACUUGCAGUGUCCCGGGUGACCCUUCGUCCAGUUGGACGUAUCAAUGGUUUCAUGAUGGCGUAUCGUUAGGCUUCAAGUCGGUGUACAGUAUAAAGAAGGCACGCGUCCAGCAAAGUGGAAGUUAUACCUGUCAAGGACAGAAGGCGAUAAGGAAUCAGCCUUAUACACAGUCGUCGGUACUGAGCGACCCUCUUAAAAUACAUGUCGAUGGUGGUUGGAUUCUCCUGAGAUACUCAGUCGAACAGUUAGUCAUCGAGGAACCGUUGACUCUGACCUGCCGUGUCCGCGAUGACCACUUGAUUUCAGAUGUAAUUUUCUACAAGGAUGGCAUAAAUAUCAAGACCCAGAAAAACCCAGACCUUGUGUUUCCCAGCCUCAGUUUUGAGGAUGAUGGCAUGUACUCAUGCAGAGCCACAUGGCUGAAGGACCUAGAUUAUCAGUCUGCCCAGUCUGUGAAUAGUUCUGUAGCUGUGUUAGAUAAAUUGGACAAUCCGAGACUGGUGCUUCUCACAGUUCCGAAUCAGGUGACGGUCGGGAAGCAAGUGGUCUUCAGAUGUAUCACCAAAUUGAAUACUAAAGAACAAGGCAGUAUAGAAUACUACUUCAACAAAGAUAGCCAGAGGCUAGGACUUCCUUCCGCCAAAGACACGUACGUCAUCACAAGGGUGAGCAAAGACGACGCCGGAAUCUACUCCUGCAAAGUCUCUGUAAAGGCUCUGUAUUUGGAGAAGUGGAGUAACUAUGUACCACUGAAGGUCUAGCUAUUCUAAACUUGUAUACCGUGCAAUGUAAUUUUUCUCAGAUUUUUUUUUUAAUUGCAGGAUAUUAAUUCAAUAUCUAACACACCUUAUCAUUUUAGUUCAUAACCUCGAGACAUCAUAAUUAUUUGGAUUAUUAUAUCCAUUGUAAGUACACAAAUUGUAAGUAAAGUCAUGUGGUACAUGCUAAUUAAAAAUUCCUUCAUUUAGGUUUAAAUAGAAAAAAAAAAAGAAUGAGUUCAAUGUUUGACCCAGAAGCAGACAUUCAGAGAAGCUGAGAUUCUUGCAUCGUCAUGCAUCGUUUAUUUUUAACCAAACGCCAAUUUAUUUUCUCUGUGCUACUAAUAGAAGCAUGUUGCAGACCUGGAAUGCAUGAAGCAAGAUGGCUAUUUUUCAGGUUCUUCAGUGUUUAACAAUACUUUUUGUACAUUUUCUGUUUUUUCUACCAUCCGAUUAUACCUUGGACCUUAUAAUGUAUGCUUUAUACUGGAUUGUCGUGAUGCAAAUUAUAUAUUGUUUUCUAUAGCAUAUUUUAUACUCAACUGUAAUUUUUUUGAGAUUAAGAUUGAGCCUAUAAAUAUUCAUUCAUUCAUUCAUUCAUUCAUUCAUCUUCUACCGCUUAUCCGAACUUCUCGGGUCACGGGGAGCCUGUGCCUAUCUCAGGCGUCAUCGGGCAUCGAGGCAGGAUACACCCUGGACGGAGUGCCAACCCAUCACAGGACACACACACACUCUCAUUCACUCACACACACACACUACGGACAAUUUUCCAGAGAUGCCAAUCAACCUACCAUGCAUGUCUUUGGACUGGGAGAGGAAACCGGAGUACCCGGAUGAAACCCCCCUAUAAUUAUCAGUUGUCCUAUUUGAAUUUAAUAUGCCGGUUACAAUUAAAUCCGAUAAUGCGUUACCUUUUGUCUUGGGAAAAUAUAUAUAAAAAUGUAUUUUUUUGACAUACUAUCAAUAAACACAUGGAACUGUA